AUGCCUUCGUCCUCAUCAAAGAAGUCCAGUGCAACGUGGCAAUCAAAGCUGGAAGAUGCCUGCAGGGAAUUUCAGAUCAGCGCCCCAAAAUAUCAGCUAGUAUCUGAUAGGAGAGGCGGUCGUACAGCAUGGUCGAGCCAGGUGACCAUUUACAAUCAAACUCAUUCGGCACGCUUUUGGUAUGACGGCAAGAAUCUUCACAACGCUCGAGAAGACGCUGCCGAGGUGGCCUGGAACUGGCUCACAACUCCGUCGAGCUCCCCUUCUACCUCCAAUACGGCCUCUUGGUGAUCUAUGACACGGUCAAAUCUUUGAAGGGUCCGCAGUCAAGGGACUAAAACACCA